AGUUGUUGUUGGUGAUUUUCAUUUCCCAAAAAACAGUAAACGACAGUCAUCAUGGUUGUCCCAAAACAGUCGCAACCACUCAAAAAUAAUAAAAUAAUAAAAAUAAAUAAUAUUAUGGAUCUAAUUCUAAACCUCCAUGGAUGGAUCUCCUCUAUAACUAAAACUCACUCCUUUUCUCUUUACCAACCACGGCUGUCACACCUUCCUUCGCCGCCGCUUAUCACCAUUUCCAGGGAGUGAGAAAGAUGAGUUUUACUGUCCAUGCUCCGUCUUUUGAGGGUUUGCGAUGUACUGAUAUCAAUCUAACGGUUUCUAAACCUUGUGUGAGGGUUGAUAAUGGCACUUUGUCUAAUCACGAGGCAAGAAAGGUGGUGGUGAUGUCAAGUAAUUUAAUUCCUAAGAGAAACUUGCAACAAGGUUCUUUCGUUAGAAAGAAAAAGUUGGAUGAACCACCUGUUCAGAAGUUGAAGUUCGUAAGAACAUUGUUGAUUGACAACUAUGAUAGCUAUACCUAUAAUAUUUACCAGGAGUUGUCUGUGGUUAAUGGGGUGCCCCCGGUGGUUGUGCGAAAUGAUGAAUGGACUAUAAAAGAUCUGUACCAUUACUUGUACAAAGAAAGGGCAUUUGAUAAUGUUGUUAUUUCACCUGGGCCGGGUUCUCCAGCUUGUUCAUCUGAUAUAGGAAUAUGUCUUCAACUGCUGCUUGAGUGCUGGGAUAUCCCUAUUUUAGGUGUUUGUCUUGGACACCAGGCCUUAGGUUUGGUUCAUGGUGCUAAAGUUGUGCAUGCAUCUGAACCCAUCCAUGGGCGCUUAAGUGAAAUUGAGCAUAAUGGGUGCAGACUGUUUCAUGACGUUCCUUCUGGCCAAAACUCGGGAUUUAAGGUGGUUCGAUAUCAUUCUCUUGUUAUUGAUGCUAACUCGCUGCCAAAUGAACUCAUUCCUAUUGCGUGGACAACUUCCACCGAUGCACUUUCUCUUCUAGGGACGCAUGAUCUUGAUAUUAUGCCUGAUUCUUCUGAAGAUUCUUGCCCAUCAAGAAGUCAAUUUAGCUUGUCUGAUAGAGUAGGAGGAAAGGUUCUCAUGGGCAUCAGGCAUUCUACUAGGCCUCAUUACGGUUUACAGUUUCACCCAGAAAGCGUUGCAACAUGUUACGGGAGGCAAAUUUUCAAGAAUUUUAGAGAGAUUACAGAGACUUAUUGGCAGAGAUUGAAGCCGACAUUUGCCAAUCAAAGGGUUUUUCAGUAUGCUGCACACAUGCAGGUGCCAAAUGCUAAUCAGUUAAUGAAAGAAGCUUCUGGGAGCUUACAAGUAACACACAACGGAAACGAUCAACUAUCUAAAGAAGCUUUUAAAAAUGGUCAAUUAGUGCAUGAUGCUGUAAAUAAGAGCUCUUUGGGCAUGUCUAAUACGUUAGAUCUUUCACAUCCAAACAUUGGCACCAAAUACCUGAAGUUGAAGUGGAAGAAAUUUGAUGGGUUGGCUAGUAAAGUUGGUGGAGCAAGUAACAUAUUUUAUUCAUUGUUUGGACAUCAUAAAGCUGAGAACACCUUUUGGCUGGAUAGUUCCUCAACAGAAAAGGAAAGAGCACGCUUCUCAUUCAUGGGAGGUAAAGGUGGAUCACUUUGGAAGCAUGUCACAUAUAGAUUAACUGAUGAAAGGGAUUUAACUCUGAGAGGUGGAGGUUAUAUGACAAUUGAAGAUGCUGAGGGCUCUACCACGAAAACAUUUUUGGAAGAAGGUUUUCUUGAUUUCUUAAAGAGGGAGCUCCUGUUAUUUCGUUAUGAUAAAAAAGAUUAUGAAGGACUGCCAUUUGACUUUCUUGGUGGAUAUAUUGGUUACAUCGGGUAUAACCUUAAAGUUGAAUGUGGUGUAGUUUCAAAUCGUCACAAAUCUAGAACUCCAGAUGCUUGUUUUUUCUUUGCGGAUAAUCUCCUGGCUAUCGAUCAUUGCAAUGGUGAUGUUUACAUAAUGUCUCUACAUGAAGGAGGCUCAGCUUCAUCAUGGUUGGAGGAUACCAAGCAGAAGCUUCUCACAAUAGAAACUCCUAUUAAAAGAGACACAGACGAACAGACUUUAAAAACUCCAAGAUCAGUUUCAUCCGAGGGCGGUUUUCUUUGUGAUAAAUCCCGAGAGGACUAUGUGAAAGAUAUUGAGAAGUGUAUGGAAUACAUAAGAAAUGGAGAAAGCUACGAAUUGUGCCUAACAAAUCAACUCAGAAAGAAAAUUGGAGACAUUGAUGCACUAGGACUUUACCUUCACCUCAGAGAGAAAAAUCCAGCACCAUAUGCUGCUUGGCUUAAUUUUUCAAGGGAAAACCUAUCCAUUUGCUGUUCUUCCCCAGAGAGGUUCCUAAGACUGGAUAAGAGUGGCAUAUUGGAAGCAAAGCCCAUUAAGGGUACCAUAGCUCGUGGCACAACGCAGGAAGAAGAUGAACGCCUAAAACGGCAGUUGCAAUUCAGUGAAAAGGAUCAGGCCGAAAACUUGAUGAUUGUUGAUCUUCUAAGAAACGACCUUGGGCGAGUCUGCGAUCCUGGUUCUGUUUAUGUUCCCCAUCUUAUGGAAGUGGAAUCCUACUCAACUGUCCACACCAUGGUAAGCACUAUCCGAGGGAAGAAGCGAUCAGAUGUAACUGCAGUUGAUUGUGUGAGAGCAGCAUUUCCAGGUGGUUCAAUGACAGGUGCGCCAAAGUUGAGAUCAAUGGAGCUUCUUGAUUCCAUCGAAAGUAGCUCUCGAGGAAUCUACUCAGGCUCCAUUGGAUUUUUUUCAUAUAAUCAAACAUUUGAUCUGAACAUUGUCAUUAGAACAAUUGUUUUACACGAGAAUGAAGCUUCCAUAGGAGCAGGAGGGGCUAUUGUGGCUCUGUCAAAUUCGGAAGAUGAAUACGAAGAGAUGAUCUUGAAAACUAGAGCUCCUACAAAAGCUGUCAUGGAAUUUAUCUAGGAGAUUAGAAAGAAUAGCUCACUAAUAUCAUUAUUAACUUUUACAGCAAAAGCUGUUAUGAAAUUCAUAUAUACCAUACCUGUAUAGAAUUAGCAGGCCACAAUGAUAUAGUUUGGCUCAGCUCUCUAUUUCAUGAUUUGUUUUCCCAAAACAAAUAAAAAGGGUCAUUUAUUCUGUUAUCACCAUAAGAUUAAAAAUGUUUGAUUUUGGAUUUUGAA